AGUACCGAUGUUUCUCCCAAUAAUAUAAGUUAGGUCGAUUUUAACUGAAGCGACAAGCCAAAUUCAGAGAGAUCAGAAAUCAAAUCAAAAUCAUGCCUCACCUCGGACCUCAUUUUACUUACCUACAGAUGAUAGCUGAAGCAAUUUCUUAUUUAAAAGAAGGAACUGGAUCAAGUGAACAUGCAAUUGCAAAAUUUAUUGAAGAACAUUAUGAAGGAGGAACUCCUCAAAAUUUCAGAAGAAAACUGAAAUUAAUGUUAAAGAAAUAUGUAAGUUCUAGAAAGUUAGUGAAAAUUAAGAAUUCCUAUAAGAUGCCUGUAGCUGAAUUGAAGAUUGAGAAGAAAGGAAAGAAGAAAGAGAGAAAGAAACAGAAGAAAGUCAUGGGUAUGAAAGCUAGGGUUAAAUUCUUAAAUUUCUAACCAUGCAUCUUGUUAAAAAUAUGUCAUCGCAACAGAAAGAAGCGCAAGAGAAAUCAUGGAUGACUUGACGCAAAUACAAGAGAAGCUUGACGAGGUUAACAAGAGGACACUUCACGAAAUGCGGAAAGUGAAGCAGAAGUAUGAGAAGAAGGUGUGGGAGGAGGAAGCAGAGAAAAAGUGUGGGGAUACCUUGAAUUGCCUUGGGAAAAGGAAGAAUAUUAUAGAAUUAAUUCCAAACUUCUGGUCAACUGCGUUUCUGGGUUUACCUUCGCUUCGAAAACUCUUGACUGAAGAAGACAAGAAGAUAAUGGGAUAUCUAAAAACUGUGGAUGUGAGUGACUGUUUGCAUGUCAAAUCUGGGUUCACUAUAACUUUUGAAUUUGAACAGAAUGCAUUCUUUGAAAAUGUUAAACUCUCAAGAGAAUAUUCGUUCUCCCACAAAGGAAUCAUUGACACAAGUGGCACUGAGAUCAAGUGGAAGGACAAGGGCAUUACAACUGGACCCGAAGCUGAUGUUAUUGAAAAGGGUAGUGAGCAGUCCAGUACUGAUGUGCGCAAAAGUAUUGCUCAAGCCUCAAAGGGACAAGGCAGUUUGCCUUCUCUGUCCAGCAAGGGAUCAAAGAAAAUUUUGGUUCUGUAUUCAUUUUGUGAUUGCAGCUUUCUGGCAUGGUUCUCUGACCAUCUCGCCAAAGAUCAAGAUCGUGAUGAGGUAGCUGAAAAAAUAGCAUAUAGUCUAUGGCCAAAUGCUCCGGAAUACUUUAAGAACGCAACCCCAACCUCGGUUUCUAUGGCAUCAGUCGAACAUGUAGAUGAAAAUGGGCUUCCUAUUUCUGAUAACACAACUAAAUGCCAUCACCGAAAGGGUGCAUUGGUGAACACCAAGUUGAAGGAAUUGAUGGAAGUACAUGCCGAGUUUGUAAAGGCCAAAGAAGCGGCACUCAAAAAUAGGUGGGAUCUUGAGCAGAAGUAUGACUUAGAGGUAGAGGUCGAAGAGAAGGUAUUGCGUAAGCAGAAGAGAGAAGUGUGCAGAUCUAUCUACGACAGAAGGAGUGAGACAAUCAAAGACAUUCCUUAUUUCUGGCUAAAUGCUUUUAUAAGUCAUGGUGCACUUGCCGAUAUAUUGAGUGAAGAGGAUCGUAAGAUAUUCCGGUAUUUAGAGUCUGUAAAUGUUGAAGAAACUGAAAAUCCAACACUUGUGUAUACGAUUACUUUAAACUUUAAUAAGGGAAAUCCAUACUUCGAAAAUGCAAGUCUUAGAAAUACUUUUUCAGUCGAAGGAGUCGGCACGAAGGGUUGCACUAUCAAGUGGAAGGAUAACUUUGGAAAUGGACAUGGAAAUCCUGGUGAUGGAAAUGCGAGUUUCUUUACUUGGUUCUGUAGCUGCGGCUAUGUUUCAGAAGGGAAUCUUGAUGAGGUGGCAGAAGUAAUUAUUGAGGAUUUGUGGCCAAAUGCAAUCAACUAUUAUUUUAAUGUGAGUUUCUUUGCCCUUGCGUUGCGUUUAGACUGUUUAACCAUGGGCUCAUAUAUCCCAGCGCUGAUAAAUUAUACUCCCUCUGUACCACAUACAUAGGCGGAUUGUUAAAAUCUCUUAGAUUAAGAUUUUCUUUUUGAUUUCAUAAAUAUUCAUGGUCUUUCCUGUAUUACCCUUUAUUAUAUUCCCUAAGUUAGAGACAUAAACUCAACUGUGAUGAUAACCAAGCAACAUAAAUAAGGGUAAAAUAGUUAAAAGUCAUCUUGAAAUUGUCACUCCGCCUAUCUAAUUGGUACAAGGAAAAUGCAAUAUUCGGCCUAUAUAAUAGGUACGGAGGGAGUAGUCCAGAAGUAGUUAUCCCUGAAAUUAGUUUCCUUACAGCCAUGAUAGAGCAUAUUCAUUGUUUGUUUAACUUUAAACGGCUAAAGUUGUUCAAGUUAUUUGGUGUGACUUUAAUUCAUUCAACGACUAGAUUAACCAGACUUAUUUUUGUUUUUCUUCGAAUUGUAUCCCUGAAUUUGUUUAUUUUAUUAACAACCAUGAUUACGUAUGAAAGUUUAU